GUCGUUAAAAAACUCUGUAAAAGAAGAUAAAGUUAUUUUUGAGUACCGUAGACAAAUUACGGUAGUAUCUAAAUCUCACACCGCUGCCGGCAACCGCCGUUUAUUUUUACAUAUCGCGUCUGUACGUCGACGAUGAUAGUCGACUGGGACGAUCAUCCUGAAGAAGCACAAAAGGCGGAGCAAGAUUAUAAUCUCAAUUUCGACCUUCUUUCUCUUGUUUCCAAGCCCAAGGAUUAUUAUAAGAUAUUGGAGGUUGAUUACGAUGCUACGGAGGAUGCUAUUCGCUCCAAUUAUAUACGCCUUGCACUGAAAUGGCAUCCGGAUAAGCAAAAGGACGAUGAGAAUAACGCCACUUCAAGAUUUCAAGAGAUAAACGAGGCUUAUCAGGUUCUAAUUGAUCCAGUCAAAAGGAGUGAAUAUGACAUGAAGGGGAUGUCGUAUGCAUAUGACUAUGACAUAAUUGAGUACCUUAACCGUUAUAAAGGCCUUAUAUUAACAUGUAAUGGUCUUGGGGUUAGGCAAUCGAUUUGGUAAGCCCUGAUAGGAGGAACCGAGAAACACAGAUUUGUUGAUGCUACAAGUGGUGCAGUUGAGGAUGAGAACAAGCUUUGAUGUAUUACAAGGUUAUGUUAUAUAACGGUUGUGAAUAUGCAGUAGAGAAAUUCACGUAAUCUGUAACAUCUUGUGCUUGUCCGCCUUAUGAUGGUAUGACCAGUCGUCAAAUGCAUGCUUGCAGCUUGUUAAUUUUGUAGCAUUGUAGGCAUUAUUUACUCUUUAGGUAGGACCUUAGGAGCAAAUAUUUAUGAAACCAGUUCACUAUUACUAGCUAGUUAAUGCGAUGGCCAGCACUUUUUCUA